CUGUAUUAGUCUUGAUAUACACUUGGUGUCAAAUGCUUGGAGAGUUGGAGUCUACUUAUCAUUUUUGUUUGAUCAAUCACUACGGAAGACGACGGGAAGAGAGGAGAGGCAAUGGGGUGUUUGAAUGUUUCCUAAUGGAGUGUAGGGACAAAAAUGGAAUUGCAGUGUGUGGAAGCAAGGCGAGCGGAAAGUCAAGCUAACAGUCGUCUCCCACAAGUCUUGCUUCCCCCACCUGUCUCCCCCCCUCCCCUUUCGCUUUCACGCGGCCGAGCCCAAAGCCUUCCUUCCUUCCUUCUUUGACCGCUUCAACCUGCCCAAAACCAUCAAUUCCCCCAUUCAUUCAUUCAUCAUCAUCAUCAUCUUCUUCUUCUCUGUGGUUUCUAAGCUCUCUAUCUCCCGCAGCUCCUCGAGAUCUACUGCUCACACUGUUCUUGCAAAUGAGAAUAUAAUGAGAUUGAUAUUUGAUGUUGAAGUUGCACGUACUAGUUUGUAUGGGUACUGAAUGUACUGAUCAGGCUACAAUUUUAGAAAGUUAUUAUCAUCAGUGAGCACAGUGCUGGAUUGCAGACCUACGACGCUACCAUCAUGUUUUGGACUUUCUUUUUCUGUUUCCUAUUGAGUAACAGUCUUUGUUACUGUCUUCAGAGUGAUAUUGAUUGUCUUAGAUCAAUUAAGUCAUCUUUGAAAGAUCCAAAAGGCUUCUUGUCUAAUUGGGAUUUCAAUAACAACACUGAAGGAUCCAUCUGUAGAUUUUCAGGGAUUGAUUGCUGGCAUAUCGAUGAAAGCAAGGUUCUCAAUAUCCGUCUUCCGUAUAUGGAACUCAAGGGAAGCUUUCCACCUGGCCUACAGAACUGCUCAGCUUUGACCGGGUUAGAUCUUUCUAACAACCAGAUCAACGGGCCCAUUCCAUCAAACAUCUCCAAAAUCCUUCGUUUCGUGACUACUCUUGACCUCUCAUCCAACAACUUGUCUGGAGGGAUCCCCGAGAACCUUGCAAAUUGUACCUUCUUGAAUGUUAUUAAUCUUGAAAACAACCAGUUGACUGGUCCAAUUCCUCUCGAACUGGGUCUCCUCAGUCGAAUCAAGACAUUUAGAGUGGCAAAUAAUCAUUUGAAAGGGCAAGUUCCAACCUUUGGAAAGCUCACUCCUGAAGUUAGUUAUGCCAAUAAUUCUGGACUAUGUGGGGCCCCAUCAUUGCCACGAUGCAAGGUUGCAUCAAAAAAAGAAAACCCUGGAUUGAUUGUUGGUGCAGCUGCUGGUGGGGUUACUUUUGGAAUUAUUGUAUUGGCAAGUGCCAUAUGCUUCUAUUUGCGUAGGACAUCCAGGAAAAAGGAAGAAGAUCCUGAUGGUAAUAAGUGGGCAAUGAGUAUUAGGGGCGCCAAAACCAUCAAGCUCUCUAUGUUUGAAAAGUCUGUUUCGAAAAUGAGAUUAAGUGAUCUCAUGCAAGCUACCGAAAACUUCAACAAAAGCAACAUAAUCGGGUCAGGAAGAACGGGGACUCUUUACAAGGCAGUUCUUUCUGACGGCACACCUCUAAUGAUUAAGAGAUUGCAAAACACCCAACACUCUGAGAAAGAAUUUGCAUCUGAGAUGGCCACUCUUGGAACAGUUAAAAAUUGCAAUUUAGUCCCUCUUUUGGGGUUUUGUAUGGCUAAACAAGAGAGGCUGUUGGUCUAUAAGUACAUGCCAAAUGGGACCCUACACGACAAGUUACACCUUCCGGACAAUGGGGAAAAACCAAGACAUCUAGAUUGGACUUUGAGACUGAAAGUCGCUGUUGGGACGGCCAAGGGGUUUGCGUGGCUCCACCACAGCUGUAACCCCAGAAUCCUCCACCGGAACAUAAGUUCCAAAUGCAUCUUAUUGGACGAAGAUUACGAGCCGAAGAUAUCUGAUUUUGGGCUGGCCCGGCUCAUGAACCCGAUCGACACCCAUUUGAGCACUUUCGUGAACGGUGAGUUUGGGGACUUUGGUUACGUCGCGCCCGAGUAUUUGAGAACUUUGGUCGCCACCCCGAAGGGAGACGUCUACAGUUUUGGGGUAGUCCUGCUGGAGUUGGUCACAGGCGAGAUGCCCGCGUACGUGAGCAAAGCCCCGGAGAGCUUCAAGGGGAGUUUGGUGGAAUGGGUCGCUGUUCUUUCGCGCGAAUCUAGGCUUGAAGAUUCGAUCGACCAGUCUCUGAUGGGGAAGGGGUGUGACGAGGAGGUUCUCCAGGUUCUUAAGGUUGCUUGUCGUUGUGUUCUUCCGGAUGUUCCCAAGGAGAGGCCAUCCAUGUUUGAGGUGUACCAAUUUCUGAGAGCCAUCGGGGAGCGUUACAGUUUCACGACGGAUGCUGACAUCAUCUUGCCCGAGGAGAUAGACGACGGGUUUCGGUUAGAUGAGCUGAUCGUGGCUCGAGAGGUAUGACUGGUCGGAGUAACACAUAUUCCCUCUAUUAUUCCUUUUAAACUGACUAUUAUUGUAUCGUUCUUGAUACAUCGAAAAAUGAAUGAAUGUAGACAUGAUGUAUGUCUAUAUUCAUUCAUUUUGCAAUGUAUCAAGAAAGUCGUAAUGGUGAGUUAAAAAGGAAUGAGGGGGGUGUACUCCGUUACUAUAAUGUGAUAUAGUAUAUAGACCAUUUAAAAAAAUAAUACGGAGUACUCCCCCAUAGGUUAUGAACCAUAAUUUUCUGCAAGUUUUGUUUGUUGCACUAAAGUUUGUUGUAUUCCAAGUUAUGAUUUCUGGUGUUCUAUAAUAUGUAUAUAUAAACCACGGUUAUACAACUGUCUCCAAUUGCCAUUUUUGUUGAAUUAGUAUGUAACAUUUAUUAAUUCACAGUACCCAUUUCCUAAAGCACAAUGGUGGUUUUGUUCUUGCGGAACUGAUUUCUGUA